GUGGUGAAAGGACAGCAGUCAGCUAACUUCUCUUAGUUACAUAAGCAUAAAUAUAUUAAAAGAUAGGGAGUAUUAUUAGCAAACAUGGGUUUUGUAAGGCACGUCGUGUGCGCCAUGUCCGGCGGCGUCGACAGCUCCGUGGCGGCGUUGUUACUGAAGAGAAGAGGCUACAGUGUGACAGGAGUGUUUAUGAAGAACUGGGACUCUCUGGAUGAAAGCGGGCUGUGCUCCUCAGAGAGAGACUGUGAGGACGCCUAUAAAGUGUGUAAGACUCUGGACAUCCCCUUCCACCAAGUGUCUUAUGUCAAAGAGUACUGGCAUGAAGUUUUUAGUAAUCUGUUGAAGGAAUAUGAGAAAGGCAGAACUCCAAACCCAGAUAUACUGUGCAACAAGCACAUCAAAUUCAACCAUUUCCACAAGUAUGCCAUCAACACUCUGGGUGCUGAUGCCAUGGCAACGGGCCACUACGCUCGGACGUCCCAGGAAGACGCAGAGGUUUUUCAGCAGACAUACACAGCCCCGCCCACCAAGCUCUUCAGAGAUCGUUUUGAGAUCAGAAAUCCGGUGAGGCUGCACAAGGGAGCAGAUCUCUUCAAAGACCAAACCUUCUUCCUCAGUCAGAUCUCACAAGACGCCUUACGACAAACCCUGUUCCCACUCGCUGGACUCACCAAAGAUUUUGUGAAAAAGAUUGCUGCUGAAGCUGGGUUUCACCACGUACUGAAGAAGAAAGAGAGCAUGGGCAUCUGCUUCAUUGGAGAGAGAAACUUUGAAAGCUUUAUUUUAGAGUAUCUAGAAUCUAAACCGGGAAAUUUUGUCUCCAUUGAGGACGGGACCAUAAAGGGAACACACAAAGGCUGGUUCACUCUGACGCUGGGCCAGAGGGCGAGGAUAGGAGGGCAGAAAGACGCCUGGUUUGUGGUGGACAAAGACAUCACUACUGGAGAUGUGUUUGUGGCUCCAUCUACUGAUCACUUGUCUCUUUACCGUGACACAAUGCGGACGGAGCGCUUCCACUGGAUAGCAGAUGAACCGCCUCCCGCACUAGCUAGGACCCAGAUGAUGGAGUGUCACUUCCGCUUCAUCCACCAGAUGCCACUCACUCCCUGUACUGUGACUCUAAACAUGGACAGUUCUGUGUGGAUCUCACUCUCCCAACCAGUUAGAGCUCUGACACCUGGACAGUUUGCUGUACUCUACAAAGGGGACGAAUGUCUGGGUAGUGGGAAGAUCAUCCAGAUGGGGCCCAGUGAAUACACACUCCAGCAGGGCCGAGAGCGUUUGAUAGCAGCCGCACAGGAGAAGGAGAAGCAGACCCCCGAGCCAGUCAGCUGAGACUCCCUCACAGCCCUGCCAUGGUGGAAGUGCACUCUGUCCGGUACAUUAGAGCACACUGAUUAGGAAAAUGAACAGUUUCUUGGGGCUCUAUGGUAAAUGGAUAGCACUUGUAUAGCGCCUUUCUAGUCUUCCAACUCUAAACCACAUUCACCCGUUUAUAAGCUGAUGGCAGGGGUUGCCUUGCAAAGUGCCAAUCUGCUCACCACAAGGAUCUAAUCAUUCACACACACUCUCACAAUUUGGGGUUCAGUAUCUUGCACAAAGACACGUUCAGCCCACAUGUGGAGGAGCUGGGAAUCAAACUGCUGAUCUUUGGUUUAGUGGACAAUCGCUCUACUGUACCUCUGGACCACAGCUGUGCUGCUGCUGGUGAGCUCAACAGUAUUGAUAACAGCGACAAAAUGGUUACACACUGAGUUUACACUACAUGGUAAUAAGCUGGUUUACUAAGCAACAGUAACCUCAGUUUGAAAGGAAAUGAAACGUUUCAAAUCUUCACUUGUACUUGUAACAUCUCAUCCACUUCAACACCAUAGCAAACCUUUCAGGUACAGUAUGCCUGUUUCUG